AUGAAGGAAAUCCAUUUGCGAAAGUUAGAUAAGCAAUUUUCUAAAUUUCUUGAUGUGUUUAAGAAAUUGCAUAUUAACAUUCCAUUUGCGGAUGCUCUGGAACAAAUGCCCAGCUACGUGAAGUUUAUGAAGGAAAUCCUUUCCAACAAAAGAAAACUGGAGGAGUAUGAGACAGUUGCACUUACUGAAGAGUGCAGUGCUAUAUUGCAGAAGAAGUUGCCAACUAAGCUAAAAGACCCCGGGAGUUUCACUAUACCGUGCACCAUCGGAAACUCAUUCUUUGACAAAGCCCUAUGUGAUCUGAGGGCUAGCAUCAACUUAAUGGCUCUAUCCGUUUAUCGGAAGUUAGGUUUGGGGGAAGCGAAACCGACAACAAUUUCUCUACAAUUAGCAGAUAGGUCAAUUAAGUAUCCAAGGGGAAUCAUCGAGGAUGUUUUAGUAAAAGUGGACAAGUUCAUCUUCCCGGCCGAUUUCAUUGUUCUUGAUAUAGAGGAAGACCAAUAA